CAUGUGUACAAGUAUGCAAAUAUAUGAUACCAAUGGAUAUUAAAUUAGAAAAUCUUGAACUUGUUCACUUAGGAAGAGAGUCAAAAUUUGAUUUAAUUCCUGAAGAUGACAGUUAUAUUAAUAAAUCUACAUUGGUUUUUGAUCUUCCCCCUGUAAUACCUGAUUUAUCUGAACAAUUAGAAGAAAUUUUAGAUCAUCCAGAAAAGCUUUCUAUUUAUGAUUUAGAUAAUGUUCAGAGACAUAUACCUCGAAAACCAAAUAUAUCUUCAUUAUUUACAACGGAGUUAUGUCCUUUACAAACAACUUUAAAAGCUGAGAGGAACAUGACCACUGGUGAAGUAAUAAAGUUUAACGAAGUUAUUAUUGAAGAUAAUGCAUCAAAUUCAAAAAAUUCAAUGUCAUUUAAACGAGCUCCAGAUGUGACCACAGAUGUGAAAGGAAAUCCCAAUAAUCUUCCAUUUUGGCCAGGUGGUUUUGAUGAUUAUUCUUUUGAAAAAUUGAAGGAUAACAUUAAGAAUCAAGAUAUUGACUUUGUCAAUGGUCAGUAA